GGUUCUUCACGGCGAAAGUCACAGGGGCGUUUUAUGUGCGGCUGCUACGGUUCUGCUUGUUGCGGUGAAUGUGUGAUUGAGGUCCGUUAAUUGUCCCCUCUCGGGGCCGGAGUUCUCGGUACCAAGGAGAAGCCGGAAUAGAGUGAUGUCUGGUUGGCCACUGGGGGGCGGCUGUCCUCUCUGUCACCAGCUCACCUUCUGAGGCUUAUGGGAUAGUACGCCCCCCUCCCAACCCCUUUGUAACCUCCCGACCUGUAACCCCAGUGACGACUGUGCCAAAGGCCGUGCCUGGCAAUUGGAGCCCUGGUCCUGACAUGGGCAGCCCCGGCUGUGAGGUGUGUCCGGCAGGGCCUGUGGAGCCCGUGCUGGAGGCCUUGUGUCCAGAGUGUGGUCAGAUCCACCGGGCCUGGGAGAACCACCUCUAUAACUACCGCCUGGAGGUGGACGAUGACCUGGUGUGCCACAUCUGCCUGCAGCCCCUGGUCCAGCCCCUGGACACACCCUGCGGACACACCUUCUGUGCCCGGUGCCUCCGCAGCUUCCUCCAGGAGCGGGACUUCUGCCCGCUGGACCGGGAGCGCCUCCAUCUGCAGGUGUGUAGGCGGAGCAGCAUCCUGGUACACAAGCUGCUUGACAAGCUGUCUGUGUCCUGUCCCCUGGCCCCGGCCUGCAGCCUCAGCAUGCCCCGCUGUGACCUGGAGGCUCACCUCAAACACAGGUGUCCGGGGACGCAGUGUCAGCAGACCAGUUUAGAGGGACCACCAUGUGAUCCCGGGGAGGAGGGAGCCAUGGUGACCAGCCCCUCCAGGUCCCCACGCUUCCUCCAGACAGAGACAGACCUGCAGGAGGAGAGCUCCUCCUCGGCCCCUGGUGUCACCUCCACCGCCGGAAGCAGCGUCCCCAUGUGGACCGACGAGCCUGGAUUGGACAACCCUGCCUUCGAGGAGAGCAAUGAGGAGGACAGUGUGGUAGGGUUGGAGUGUGUGGUGCCCAGGGUAAAGCGACCCCUCAGUAACCCGUGCAUCCACCUCCUCCGCACCGCCAGCUCUGCCUCCUCUGAGUGGGACUGCCCAGAGUCACCGCCCCUCUCUGCAGAAGAGGGUAGUGUGAAGCUGCCGUCCCUUCCAGAGGGUGAGAUCACCACCAUCGAGGUCCACCGCUCCAACCCCUAUGUAGAACUGGGCAUCAGCAUCGUCGGGGGCAACGAGACACCUCUCAUCAACGUGGUGAUCCAGGAAGUGUACCGUGACGGGGUCAUUGCUCGAGAUGGCAGGCUUCUGGCCGGGGACCAGAUACUACAGGUCAACAGUGUAGACAUCAGCAAUGUGGCCCAUAACUUUGCUCGCUCCACGUUGGCACACCCCUGUGCCACACUGCAGCUCACUGUCCUAAGGGAGCGCCGCUGUGUCUCUCGCCCACCCCCCUCCACCACCCCCUCGGUGCCCCACGCCCCCUGUUCCACCCCAGAGGGUACUCCGUCCAGCCCUGCCAGCCUGAGGAUCACCCUGCAGAAGCGGGACUCGUCGGAGCAGCUGGGCAUCAAGCUGGUGCGGAGGACUGAUGAGGUGGGGGUGUUUGUGUUAGACCUGCUGGACGGUGGCCUGGCUGCCAAGGACGGGAGGCUGUGUAGUAACGACCGCGUGCUGGCGGUCAACGAGCAGGACCUACGCCAUGGCACGCCUGAACAGGCUGCUCAGAUCAUACAGGCCAGCGGCGAAAGAGUCUAUCUGCUGAUUGGCCGUCCCAGCAAGCCUACCCUUCCCCCUCCAUCAAGUUCCGCCGCCAACAGAGAUCUGUACUGCCAUGACCACUUCCUCCCCAACCACUACCACCAUCACCACAGCUUCUCCCCCAACCCCAGCACCGUGCCCACCUGCGCCCACCUGGCCCGCUCCAGCACCCACAAAGACCUGUCCCAGUGUGUGACCUGUAAGGAAAAACACAUCACUGUGAAGAAGGAGCCUCAUGAGUCUCUGGGUAUGACCGUGGCCGGGGGGCGGGGCAGCAAGAGCGGCGAGCUGCCCAUCUUUGUGACCAGCGUCCAACCACAUGGCUGCCUGUCACGGGUUGGACGAAUCAAACAAGGUGACAUCCUCCUCAGUAUCAACGACCAGGACCUGACCUACCUGAGCCACAGCGAGGCGGUGGGCACCCUGAAGGCCAGUGCGGCGUCACCCUCCGUCCAGCUGAGGACGCUGGAGGUCAGCAUGGUGGAGGAGCCGGACCAGGACCAGAGCCCCGAGAACCAGCUGCUGCCCACACACCACCACACACACGACUCGGACUACGACUCCUCCUGGUCCCCCUCCUGGGUCCUGUGGCUCGGCCUGCCCAGCUUCCUUCACAGUAGCCAUGAGAUUGUUCUGCGUAGAAGUCACCCUGGGAGCUGGGGCUUCAGCAUCGUUGGGGGAUACGAGGAAAACCAUAGCAACCAGGCAUUCUUCAUCAAGACCAUUGUCCUUGGAACACCUGCAUACUAUGAUGGCCGCCUCAAGUGUGGGGACAUGAUAGUGGCGGUUAACGGGCUGUCUACGGCUGGGAUGAGCCACUCAGCCCUGGUACCCAUGCUGAAGGAGCAGCGUAGCAGAGUGGCUCUCACCGUGGUCUCCUGGCCUGGCAGCCUGGCAUAGAACCGGGUCAAACUGCACUGGAGCCAAACGUCACUGGACUGCGUCAUGCCAUGCUGAAAUUACUCUAGACUGUAUCUAACCAGGGCCAAAUCAUGCUAGACUGCAUCGAAACCCAGCUAUGGUGCCAAAUCAUGCCAUACUGAAAUUGCUCUGGAUCGGACCUACUGUAACCUGGGACAAAUCACAUGGACUUCAUCAAACCAGGCUAGAGUGAACCUGGCCCUCCUAGGCAAAAUCCCUUGAUACUAGGCUGGACUGUGCCAGCCCCACACCACACUGCACUGCACUCACACAUACUGAUGUGUUCAUACAGAUGUAGGAUCUUCAUUUGAUAUACCCUGUUGCAGAACUAUCCUGCAAUGCAGGACAUUUCAAACUUGUAGUGUAUGAGGUUUAAAAAGGCUUCGGAAGUUUGUAAUGUCCACUUUAAAAUUUCAGACUUAAUUUUUCCUUACGAAAAAUGUAUCAAAACGCUACAAAAAUGUCCAUUCUUUAAACAUUUCCUGCUGUAGCAAACUGUCUGAAAUGAAGAACCUAUAUCUGUAUGGUCAUGUUACCGGUCUUCACUCCCACACAGAGAGAGUGGGACUGUCUGUUAAAGGACAGUAUAUCGUCUCUGUUUCUCUUCACUGGACUCCAGUAGUAGAUACCAGGGGCAUAUUCACGUGGCCGCAACGUUACAGAACGUUUCAGAUAGAAAUUCCCUGCAUAGAAAAGGAUUCUCUGGGCCCGGGUGGCGCAGUGGUCUAGGGCACUGCAUCGCAGUGCUAGCUGCGCCACCAGAGUCUCUGGGUUCGCGCCCAGGCUCUGUCGCAGCCGGCCGCGACCGGGAGGUCCGUGGGGCGACGCACAAUUGGCAUAGCGUCGUCCGGGUUAGGGAGGGUUUGGCCGGUAGGGAUAUCCUUGUCUCAUCGCGCUCCAGCGACUCCUGUGGCGGGCCGGGCGCAGUGCGCGCUAACCAAGGGGGCCAGGUACACGGUGUUUCCUCCAACACAUUGGUGCGGCUGGCUUCCGGGUUGGAGGCGCGCUGUGUUAAAGAAGCAGUGCGGCUUGGUUGGGUUGUGCUUCGGAGGACGCAUGGCUUUCGACUUUCGUCUCUCCCGAGCCCGUACGGGAGUUGUAGCGAUGAGACAAGAUAGUAAUUACUAGCGAUUGGAUACCACGAAAAUUGGGGAGAAAAUGGGAUAACAUUUUAAAAUUAAAAUAAAAAAAAUAAAAAAAGAAGAGGAUUCUCUGCCAUGUAGAAUAAUGAAAUAGAUCAGCUUUAGACCAUGUAUGUCUGUCAUUAUAAAACGCUUCUAGGAUUAUGUUCAGGAGGAGAAAUCAUUUUGAAACAAGUUCAGGUAACACCUGUUUCCAAUUCUUUUUUUAAAUUCACCCAGUCGCUCCUACUGAAUACAACCCAACUGAAUAAACCCAGGCCUUACCAAAUACCUGCCAUGCCCUGAAGGCCCGACCCGCCCCCCUGGACACAGCCUUAGGCCUCAUCACCGUGACGACCCAGCCGUCAGCUUGCUGGGGUUUUAUACAUGUGUGAAUGUGUGUUCUGCGGUUUAAUAAAGACUUCCCACAGAGCG